AUGAUACAUGCGCGACUAUAUGCAUAUGAUAUGUAUUAGUAUACAUACUUCACAAUAUUUUCCAAUUGCAAAUGCAUAGGAGAUUAAUUAAUUUGAUUAAUUUGAUUAAUUUGUGAUUAUUUCAAUUAACAAUCUAAACACAAAGUUAAUGGCUACUGCACAUGGAUAAGCUACGCACAAUCGAGUAGAACGAGAAAUAAUAUCAACGAAAAAAAUGAAGCAACAAAUAAUUGAUUCCAAAGCAAAUCCUAACGCAACUGGAGAAGCCGACGAUUGUCUCUUUGAAUAUUUGCAUGCUGAAUUGGUCAAUUAUGUUUUGAGCAAAUCAUCUAAUGCAGAAGGCGAAGAAGAGCUUUCACGUUUAGAAUGGAUGGGAUUCAGUGUCGGAUACAGAAUUAUUGAACGACUAACAAGAGAAUGGAGCAGAUUCAAGGAUGAACUGGAUAUGAUCAAGUUUAUCUGCACAGAUUUCUGGUCCAGCUUAUAUCACAAACAAAUUGAUAAUCUCAGAACUAAUCAUCAUGGGGUAUACGUGCUGCAAGAUAAUGCUUUUAGAUUAUUAGAUAAAGUUGGUACAAGCAACAGCAAACAGUAUCUUAAAGAGAGUCCUCGUCUGCUGGCUUUCACUUGCGGUCUUCUCAGAGGUAGUUUAGCAAAUCUUGGUAUUAUCAGUACUGUUACAGCAGAGACUACUACAUUACCAAGCUGCAAAUUUCAUGUUCAAGUUCAAAAAAUUUAAUAGCUGUUCUAUUAUGAUUUGAGAAACAAAGGGAUAUAUAGAUAUAUAUAUAUAAAGAAACAUAUAUGAUACAAUUUCUUGUAUUUAUCAAAUAUAAGGAAAUAUAAUAGAUAUUUAUUAUACAAU